CCAGAGGAAGGAGACAUGGCCAACAACUCUUUUCGUGGGUCCAAACAUGGCCGAAGUGGCGAGGCCAACCACGAUGCAGAGUUCAGCUGCUCAUUACAGGAGCUGCGCAACCUCAUGGGGCUGAGGGGAGCAGAGUCGGUUACCGAAAUAAAGGAAAACUAUGGAGAUAUUAACGGACUGUGUGCCAGACUGAGAACGUCACCUGUAAAAGGUUUAGACGGAAACUCGGAGGACAUUGACAGAAGAAUAGAGGCGUUUGGACAGAACCUCAUCCCUCCUAAAAAGCCAAAAACCUUUGUGCAGUUAGUGUGGGAAGCCCUGCAGGAUGUCACGCUCAUCAUCCUGGAGGUGGCAGCCAUCAUUUCUCUUGGCCUUUCUUUCUACAGACCGCCCGAUGGUGACAGACAGCACUGUGGCGCAGCGGCUGGCGGCGUGGAGGACGAAGAUGAGGGAGAGACUGGAUGGAUCGAAGGUGCUGCCAUCCUACUUUCGGUGGUCUGUGUGGUCCUGGUGACAGCCUUCAAUGACUGGAGCAAAGAGAAGCAGUUCCGCGGCCUCCAGAACCGCAUCGAGCAGGAGCAGAAGUUCACUGUAGUCCGAGGGGGGCAGGUGAUCCAAAUCAAAGUGUCAGAGAUCGUCGUCGGAGACAUCGCACAAGUCAAAUAUGGUGACCUCCUCCCUGCUGACGGCAUCCUGAUUCAAGCCAGCGAUCUGAAGAUCGACGAGAGCUCUCUGACCGGAGAGUCGGAUCAUGUCAAGAAGACCAUUGAAAAAGACCCCAUGUUGCUGUCAGGUACCCAUGUGAUGGAAGGCUCCGGCAAGAUGUUGGUCACUGCCGUAGGCGUGAACUCUCAAACUGGAAUCAUCUUCACACUGCUUGGUGCUUGUGAGGAAGGUGAUGGUGAGGAGAAAGAGAAGAAAGAGAAGAAAAAGAAGGACAAGAAGGACAAGAAGGACAAGAAAAGCAAAAAAGAUGAGAAAGGAAAGAAAGGCAAAAAAAAGGACGGAGCCACAGUGGAGAUGGAGCCGCUCAACGACAAUGCAGAAGCAGAAAAGAAGAAAAACCUACCAAAGAAGGAGAAGUCAGUUCUCCAGGGGAAGCUGACCAAAAUGGCUGUGCAGAUCGGCAAAGCAGGUCUGUUCAUGUCGGUUCUCACUGUCAUCAUCCUCAUCACUCGCUUCCUGAUCGAUACCUUCUGGAUUCAGGAGGUUCCCUUUAUCACAGAGUGUCUGCCCAUCUACGUGCAGUUUAUGGUGAAAUUCUUCAUCAUCGGUGUGACGGUGCUGGUGGUGGCUGUGCCUGAAGGUCUCCCCCUGGCUGUCACCAUCGCCCUGGCCUAUUCAGUCAAGAAAAUGAUGAAGGACAAUAACCUGGUCCGCCACCUGGACGCCUGUGAGACGAUGGGUAACGCCACGGCCAUCUGUUCCGACAAGACAGGCACGCUCACUUUGAAUCGCAUGACGGUGGUGCAGGCCUACAUCGCAGCACGCUACUACAAAAAGUUGCCGCAACCGGACCAAAUCCCUGCCUCAGUUCUGGACCUGCUUGUCCAGGGCAUCGGGGUCAACUGCGCCUACACCAGCAAGGUUAUGCCUCCAGAGAAGGAGGGUGGGCUGCCUCGCCAGAUUGGAAACAAGACAGAAUGUGCCUUACUGGGAUUCUCCCUCGACCUGCGCCGAGAUUACCAGACGAUUCGCAAUGAAAUCCCAGAGGAGAAACUGUUUAAGGUCUACACCUUCAACUCUGUGAGGAAGUCCAUGAGCACAGUGCUAAAGAACCAUGAUGGCAGCUACCGAAUGUUCGUCAAGGGGGCCUCAGAGAUCCUGCUCAGAAAGUGCUGUAAAAUCCUGAUGGCCAAUGGCCAGCCCAAAGGCUUCAAACCUCGGGACCGAGAUGACUUGGUGAAGAAGGUGAUUGAGCCGAUGGCGUCGGAGGGCUUGAGGACCAUCUGCCUCGCCUACAGAGACUUUCCCACCACUGAUGGAGAGCCAGACUGGGAGGACGAGGCCCACAUCCUCACCGGUCUCACAUGCAUCGGCGUGGUUGGCAUUGAAGACCCUGUACGACCUGAGGUACCAGAUGCAAUCAGAAAAUGCCAGCGGGCUGGGAUCACUGUUCGCAUGGUGACCGGAGACAACAUCAACACUGCCCGGGCCAUUGCCACGAAAUGUGGUAUCUUGCAACCUGGAGACGAUUUUCUCUGUAUGGAGGGCAAAGAAUUUAACCGACGGAUCCGUAAUGAGCUUGGAGAGAUAGAGCAGGAGAGGAUCGAUAAGAUUUGGCCAAAGCUGAGAGUCCUCGCCAGAUCAUCUCCGACAGAUAAGCACACUCUGGUCAAAGGUAUCAUCGACAGCACUGUGCUGGAGCAGAGGCAGGUGGUGGCAGUAACUGGAGACGGAACAAACGACGGCCCGGCCCUCAAGAAAGCGGACGUUGGCUUUGCUAUGGGCAUUGCGGGAACAGAUGUGGCAAAGGAGGCUUCCGAUAUCAUCCUCACAGAUGACAAUUUCAGCAGUAUUGUGAAGGCUGUGAUGUGGGGCAGAAAUGUGUAUGACAGCAUCUCCAAGUUCCUGCAAUUCCAACUGACAGUUAACGUUGUUGCCGUCAUUGUGGCGUUCACCGGAGCCUGUAUAACCCAGGACUCACCAUUAAAAGCUGUCCAAAUGUUGUGGGUCAACCUAAUAAUGGACACCUUCGCUUCACUAGCUCUCGCCACUGAGCCACCAACUGAGGCACUGCUGCUCAGGAACCCGUACGGUCGCCAAAAGCCUCUUAUUUCUCGCACCAUGAUGAAGAACAUCCUGGGACAUGCCGUAUACCAGCUCGCCGUGAUCUUUACCCUGCUCUUCUUUGGGGAAAAGCUGUUUGACAUCGACAGCGGCAGGAACGCCCCCCUCCACGCCCCGCCCUCUGAGCACUAUACCAUCGUGUUCAACACGUUUGUCCUGAUGCAGAUCUUUAAUGAGAUCAAUGCGCGCAAGAUUCACGGAGAGAGGAAUGUGUUUGAGGGCGUAUUCAAAAACCCCAUCUUCUGCUCCAUCGUCCUGGGAACCUUCAUCAUACAGAUUGUCAUUGUGCAGUUGGGUGGAAAACCGUUCAGCUGCAUGACUCUGACUAUUGAGCAGUGGCUGUGGUGUAUCUUCCUGGGUCUCGGCAGCCUCCUGUGGGGACAGCUCGUGUCCAGUGUCCCCACUAAAUGGCUGAAGUUCCUGAAGACGGCGGGUCAUGGCACGAAGCAGGAGGAGAUCCCUGAGGAGGAGCUGGAGGAGAUGAAGGACCUGGACGAGAUCGACCACGCUGAGAUGGAGCUAAAGAGGGGCCAGGUGCUUUGGUGCCGUGGCCUCAACCGCAUCUCGACACAGAUUCGUGUCGUGAACGCCUUCAGAGACAGCGUGUCUCCCUACGAAGGUCUGGAGACACCCGAGUCUCGCAGCUCCAUCCACAGCUUCAUGAGCCACCCUGAGUUUCGCAUUGAGGAUUCGGUGCCUCAAAUCCCCCUGAUCGAUGAGGUCGACUGCGAGGACGAUGCUCCAAUCAAACGAAACUCCCUUGUCCUUCCACCGCCCCUGACCGGGCUGUCCAACCUAACGCCUCUCCCGUCACACCAGGAGAACAACGCCGUGGAUCGCGCCGUCCCUCUGCCUGGUGUGGUCCCACCACCUGGUGUGGUCCUGCCCGACUCAGCGGGGCUGCCGGUGUGGCCAGGGAGCCCCCUGCACAGCCUGGAGACCUCUCUUUGAAGCUCCAAGCCCAGACCU